ACCCAUUCUGCAUCACUUCCAGUAAAUGUAAAAGUUUCCAUUUAUUGUUUUUUUAAGCUGCAGACAGUUAGAAGAUGGUCCAUUAAGCUGUUCUGUUUUUUGUUAGAGUCCUGGGUUUACCCUCUGACCGAUUCAUCCUACGACAGUUUGGAGAACGAGCUGGACGACAGCAGCGGGGGCUCACCGGGUUUCUGCAGCAGAAGACCCCUUCGAUCCAAACCCCUGCAGAGCAGCCUGGACUCCAUCCUAACGUUCAGCGACUACGACCAAGACACCGACCCAGAGGUGCCGCUUAGCAAGGCUGAGGGCCUGCUGGGUGUCCGGCUGCGCUCCGCAGAGAGGCGCAGGAGGCAGGAGGCCCCAGCUGUGGAGAUCCCCCCCUCCCUGGACUCUCUGUCCCUGGAAGCUCGGCAUUCGCAGAGGCGGAGCUCAGAGCCUGCUAUAGCGUACGCCGCAAAGUUCUGUCCGUACAUGUCGGGCAGUACGGACGGGCUGAGCUGUGAGGAGGAGGAAGAACAAUCGGAAAGGCGGAGCAGCAACAUGUCCAGAUGUCAGAAAGCGAACAGCGGAGGCGCUCUGGGGGCCAGCUCAUCCAGUUUGUCCUCUCUAGGGUCUCCAGCUCCAGUUCGCUCCUCCCUGGACUCUCUGGACUCCCUCAGCACAAACCAGACCAAACCAACGCCUCAACCGUCCGGCUCUGCUCCGACCCCGAGCGUUCACUCUAAAGACCAAACACCCAAAGAAGCUCACCACCGGGGGGCGCUGAUAGGCUGCAUGGGCCUGCACCCAAACUCAUGGCUGAAAAAGGAUCGAAGGCUGUCCCUAACUCACCAAGAGAGCUUGGAGAAGGACGACGAGGACAGGAUGGGGUGUGGAACAGCUGAGAAAGGAGCAACGAAGCUGAUCUCCAACAAUCAGCCUAAAGCCAAAACAUCCCGCAGAGGCUCAAAGGACGCAGGAGACAAAGGGAACAGCCGACCCUCCAGACCAGAAGCCUCCAGCCCCUCCCUGCUCCGGCGAGCUGCUGGGAGCCUUCGCUUCAACAAACCCACCAGGGUUCAGUCUCCAGAUUCUGCCCUGACGGUUCAGAUCAGCGACCUCGGAGGUGAUGUCGUCACUAAGAGGUGCGAAGCGCCCGAAACGAAGCAGCAGCUGUUCUACAAACACAGCGGGCCGUCGCUGUCCCUGUUCAGACGACAGAGGACUCCCACCGUGGAGGACUGUAACAGCCGGCUGUACCGGCGCCGCGGCUCCGAACCGGAGCGGCUGGUCGCGGACCGGGCCUCCGCCUUCACCAGGGUCCGGCUGCCCAGCGACCCGGGACUGAAGCCGCCAGAGGCAGAUCGGCAGGCCCGUCUCUGCCUCUCCCCCUGCACCACCAAAGCAGUGAGCGACUACUUCUCCUCCCACCCUCACAGCGAUCCUCAGAGCAGCCAGGAGGUGGCGCUAGCCCUGGUGGAGGGUCAAAGAGAGCGGUUAAAGCGAUGCUGUGAUCCUACAGCGGAGCCUGAUCUGGAGCAGCUUCUGUUUGCUGAAGAGUCGUACGUCUGACAGUAGGAAACGCUCCAAACACUCAUCUCUCUAUGCCCUUUAAGUUCAGUUAUAGAAACCAAGAAGAAUUUCUAAGAUCGUUUUAAUCUGCUUCUAUAGAAAACUUCUCCUCUUGCAGGUUGCUUAGUGCCUUUAAGGAAAAGUUCAUUUUCAGCUCCUAUCAGAACCCCCCAAAAUAACAUUGUAAUAACAGAUGGUUUUAUACGCAGCUGCCAACUUUACCUGCUGUUGCCUUUUUUCUUUUAUUUAAAUCAGAAACUCCAGCUGUUGUCAUUGGACUGUAUGGUGGCUGUAAAGUUCAAGCAGAUCAGUACAGAUCUAGGAACUCCUGCAAUGUUUACUUAAGACUUAGAUUUUAUUUGUCAUUUUGUUUACACAAGUGUAAAAAAAAAAAGAAAUUUCGUUUGGAACAGCUCUCUGGACAAUUUCAUCUUUUUUUAAAAGUGCAAAAUAGU